AUGUCAUUUAUGUUAUUUAAACUACCAUCGAUCAAGAGAAUAGGUUUCGACAAAUGUGUUGAUGAAGAUGUAAUAGAUUACUAUAAGUUGGAAUCUGGUAAUCAAGCAACAGGUUUCGCACAUACCAAAUCGAAAUAUCGAAAUUCAACACAAGUCAACUACGCAGUAAGGAUCUAUAGCGUUUCCGAGAACACCGCUGAAAAUGAAGCAAUGGAGUCUACCUAUCCUCAUCUCAAGUUUCUAUACACUCCUGCGAUUUUGGCAUCACCGUCCUUCGAUCAAAAUAUCGAUUCUUCUGAUUCCGAUUUAUUAUAA